AUGUAUCACCCGAAUCAUCAUCACCAUCUUACCCCGUCUAGGUGGCUGCUUAGGCCUUGUGCUCCCACCACCUUUGCCUUUUCCGCUUCCACUUCCGCCGCUAUCCCAGCUCCCAUCAUCAAUAGGUGUUGCCUCCCACCCCCCGUUGUCAUCCCCAUACCCGUCAUCAUACCCCCCAUCAUUUCCCCCAUUCCCUCCCCCUUUCCCUCCCCCUUUCCCUCCCCCUUUUCCUCCCCCUUUCCCUCCCCCAUUCCCGCCCCCUUUUCCUCCCGCUUUGCCUCCCGCCUUUCCUCCCUUUUUCCCACUAACCCCCAGCGCAGAAGGUUGGGGGAAGAGCCGCUGAUCUGGGGAGGUUGGGGGCGUUGGGGUAAAUGGGGGGUAGAGGAGGAGGAGGAGGAGGAGGAGGAGGAGGAGGAGGAGGAGGAGGAGGAGGAGGAGGAGGAGGAGGAGGAGGAGGAGGAGGAGGAGAAGUGUGAUAGAGGGUGGGGCACGGGUACGGGCCACCUCAUUAGUGACGAACGGCGGGUUGCAGGCGCAGUGAGGCCUGUGCUUGCGCACCUCGCACACGCGGUUUACAGGGCAGGCGCGCACACGGCAGGGGUCUGCGGAAGGAGAUGGGGCGGGGAGAGAGACGGGGGGAGAGACAGGGUUGGGGAUGGACGAGAGAUGGGGGAGGCGAGGAAGAGUGUGGCACGGGACCAUUGCUAG